AGCUUAAAACCAAGAUGGCGCCUAUGGAUUAGUUUUUCCAAAUCCAAUAAUUUAUAAGAUAUCAUUCAUGGAUUGAAUUUUUGUGAAAAUCGAGUGGAUUCAUCACCUCAAAUAAGACAGAGAUUAUUCCUCUACAGGGAUUUACUGGCUUACUUCGUUGCGGUUUUCCUUUGAUUUUCGACAAUACUAUGUCUAAUAGUGUUUUUCAAGGGACAUCUCGCUUACGUGGAAUAUCAUCGCGACUCGUCGGAUCACUUUUGUCUAACUCUGCAUGGGCUAAACCAGUAUCAAAUUUUCCUAACUUUAAAGUUAUUGACGGCUACGUCGAUAGAAAUAGUCCAGCGUUUUUAUCAAAGCUAACUCAACAAACUGAGAUUCUUAAAUCGUUUAAAGAAUUUACAAAUAUUGCGUUGCUGGGUGGUGGUGAGAAAGCAAUUGAGCGGCACACGAAGAGGAACAAAAAGCUUUUAGUUCGAGAGAGACUUAGUAAACUAUUGGAUGACGGAACUGACUUUCUUGAGUUGUCACAAUUCGCCGGGCUUGAUCUUGAAUAUGGCAACGUGCCAAGCGCAGGAGUGGUGUCAGGAAUUGGACAAGUUGCAGGACAGUUGUGUGUCAUCGUUGCUAAUGAUGCCACAGUGAAAGGUGGAACUAUUUACCCUAUUGCAGUUAAGAAGCAGCUCAGGGCUCAAGAAAUUGCAGAAGUGAACAAACUUCCUUGUAUUUUUCUGAUGGAUUCAGGAGGAGCAUUUCUUCCAUUGCAGGUAAUUAACCCUGUUCAUCCUAAAAUCAGUAUUUAUAUUCUCCAUACUGGUCUCUAUACAAUUCUUAAGGUGCUGACAAGGAGAAUUUGCUCAAGAAUCGAGAGCUUCUUCAGUUGGUGAUCAUUUUCAUUUAUUCUCCUGACUUUUAUGUUUGAUUCAGGGGUGAUUUUGUAAGGAGAAAUUAGAUGCUAGUCACUAGGGGUGUCUAUUCUCUGAUGGAUAGUAACUAAUAUGAUGGUGUGCUCUUGUGAACAAAAAUAAACAAAAAAAAUUAUCUAAACUUGUUAAGUUUUAAUUAGCAGAUUAACCAGUAUGGUAAAACGAUUACUUAAUUUGUCCUUAAUUUCUGUUGCUCUAUAAUUAUGGUUAUCAUUAUUUUUAUUAUCAAUAUUAGUAUUAUUAUUGCUAUUUUUGUCUCUGGACCAGGUUAUGAUCUAUUGAUCUGUGUCAUCUCUGCUGGUUUUAGGCAAGAACAAUUUGCCCAAGGUUAUCCACCAUUUUGGCACCACUUAACAAUUUGUUUUUCAGCAUUUUUAAAAUGAGCUGAAUUACACACAUAUUAACUAAGUUAGUUAAGAAUUACUGCCUUACAGAACUAAUACUUAUUUUGAUUGAAAGGCUUGAAUACCAUAAAAUUAGUCUUGGCUAAAUUCAAGGAGAGCCGGUUUGCUGCAAACCAGGUUGACAAUUUGUUUAAUUCUCUAUUUAAUGUGUUAAUUAGGUAAACAGGGUCAUUAUGGGAGAUAAAUAAGUUUGUAUCAUCAGCAAACAAGAUUGCAUCAAGCAGGGAAGCAUUGUUCAAAUCAUUAACAUACAGGAUAAAAAAUAAGGGACCAAGAAUAGAACCUUGAGGCACCCCACAGGGAAUCCCCUGUGGGGCAGAUCUAACGUUAUUAAAUUCGACAAAUUGUGUCCUCUCAGAAAGAUAACUUUUGACCCAUUCUAGUGCCAGACCACGGAUCCCAUAAUGAUUGAGUUUUUCAAAAAGAAUGUCGUGAUUUACCGUAUCGAAUGCUUUCGAAAGAUCUAGGAAUACUCCAAUGGCAUGUUCUUUUCUAUCAAAUGCAGAAGAAAUUUUGUCACACAAAUCGAUAAGCGCAAGGCUAGGAGAGCGAUUUCUUACAAAAUAUGAUCUAUGGAAAGAAAAUCUUGAAUCAACCUUAAACACAGAUGACAUCACUAGAUGACAUCACUAUUAAUAAUUUUGGCUUCUUUAUUAUGUAAAACAAUAAUAUUUUGUCUCUCUUAUCUCCAUCUCUCUUAUUUCCAUCUACAAACAUUAUGUUAUUGACAUUGCUGAUCCUAGCAGUAUGCAGGACGUGUGUCAUACAAACUUCGUAAUAGACCUUGCUCACUGUGGAGUCUCUGUGGCUCAGGUAGAGUAUCAGAGCACAGAAUCUGAAGGUCUGAGGUUUGAUUUCUUGUGGGGACUCAGAAUUUUUUCUUUGUCCCACGCUUGUGACAAGACGAAAAAAGCAUCUUUCUUUAAUUAUAUUUUGUGUUUCCAUGGGUCCUUGCAUCAGUAGAUCACAGAAGACUACAAAAGGUGGUGAGAACAUCAGCUUCACCUCAUGAGCCACUUUUUUGCUCUUACCACAUAUUUGAUGUUAUCUAUAAUCUACUACUGAACAGACAACAUGUAAACUUUUGGUUAAUUAACACCUUAAUGUUAUCAUUAUUAAAGUAACUGUUAUUAGUACCACUGUCAUUAUUGUUUUUAAUAAUACCCUAUUAUUAUUAUUGUUAUUAUUGUUAUUAUUAUUAUUAUUAUUAUUAUAUUAUUAUUAUUUUAAAAACUUUCAGUAAUUCUGAUUACAAAUUUACUGGUCUUACAACAGGCUGACAUAUUCCCAGAAACUGGUGGGCGUGUGUUUUAUAAUGAGGCUGUGAUGUCAAUGAAUGCAGUUCCAACUGUAAGUUGAUAUUAUUAUUAUUAUCAUCAUCAUCAUCAUCAUCAUCAUCAUUGUGCUACAUUAUUAAUCCAUUAACUGCCAGGAGUGACCAAGACAGAAUUCUCCCUUCAAUAUUAAUACAAUAUCAAGCAGAAAAGUGAUGAGAACAAAAAAUUUUAAUGAGGGGAUUAUUAGUUGAUUUAAUACCAAAUUCUUCAUACUAACAUCAUAAGAAUUGUAUGAGAGAUAGUAAGGAAAAAUUAAUAAGGAGAUCUUGGGGGUGAAUGGGUUAAGCAAUAGAUGGCUCUUUCUGUCAAUUUACUGGCCUUAUGUUACCCAUGUAAGAUGUUUGGUGGACACAAGAACAAUUUGCAAGUUUAUCAGCCAAGUAUGAGUGAUUCACAAACUUUUUUCUACUGUUCUCCCAACAUCCCAAGUGGGUCAAUAUACCAGUAAACUGAUAGAAAGUGCAGUUUAAUGCUAUUUUUAAAUAAAAUUUUCUUUUCUAAAGGUUUGCCUCUGCAGUUAAAGACAGGAUGCUCGUAAUAUCUCAAUUAUUUCUUAAACUAGGAUCAGGUCUGGUUGUGCAGGCCAAUAUAAUCCAGAUCAGACCAUUGUCUUGAUCAUCAGGACUUGUAUUUACAGAUUUGUGUGGUGUGUGGAUCUUGUACAGCUGGUGCUGCAUAUGUACCCACAAUGGCAGAUGAAGCUGUUAUUGUGGACAAAAUUGGUACAAUCUUCCUUGGUGGCCCUCCGCUAGUAAAGGUAGGUCAUUAUAACUGAGUAUAUGGGCAUGCAAAUUGGUGAAAUUUUUGCAAACAUUCAGGGCCCAGUUAUAAUGGGUGGAUAACCAUAUCCAAGGGAUAAAUUUCUAUCCAGUGGAUAAGUGAGAGCAGAAGGCACUACACUGUCCACCAGAUAGGGAUUUAUGCAUUGGAUAACCUUCGAACAACUGAGCCUGGUUUUCAUUUUACUCUGAAUUAUGGACUUGUCUUGUUUUAGGCUGCUACUGGGGAAGUUGUCAGUGCAGAGGAACUAGGCGGGGCUUUGAUGCACUCCAGGUUUGCACAGUUAACAAAUAGAAUCCACAAUGCCUAGCAUCUGUUCAGUAGCAGAUCACAGAUCAUGUCAAAAAUGUGGUAAGAACAAAAAAGUAGCACACAAGGUGCAACAGAGUUUGUCAAUAAUGUUCUUACUACAUUUUGUGGUCUUCUGGGAUUUGUUAUUGUAUCAACCUGCAUUAACAUGGAAUCUAUUUGUUUUAUAUAAUAAAGAAGCAAACAAUUGUAAAUUGUGAUGUCAGCUAUGUGUCUGUUCUCCAAUAGAACCAAUUAAAAUAUGCGUAGAAUUGUUACUUGCUUACAUGUUCAGUAACCUCUAUAAGAUUAUUAGUGGAACCAUUGUUUGUAUAUUCAGGCAUUUUAUUAGAUGUAAGACCACUCUAAUCUGUUAGAUAAUUAAUUUUUUGCAUUAAAUAUGUGUUAAAUGCAUUGUCCCCUGCCUCCCCAACUAUGUUUGGCUCUGUCCUCAAAGUUGUGCUAUUUCCAUUAAAUAUUUAGAGUUUUUUGUAGUCAGCUAGUCUUCUGAGACUUAUCAAUGGUGCUGGUAUUAUUUUCAGUGUCAGUGGAUGUACAGAUCAUUUUGAAGCUGAUGAAGACAGUGCAAUGGAAACAACAAGAAAUAUUGUAGCCACGCUAAAUAGAGAGCAGUGGGUUACUUCAUCAGGUGGAAUCAUUUUACACAACACUGUAUAGCUGUAGUAAAUGUAAUCAGUCAGUUGGCAUCUUGGUUAGCUGACCAGUCAGUUAGUCUGUUGGUCAGUCAGUCAGUCAGUCAGUCAAUUAACCAUUCCAAACUGUCAGCUUGCUAUUUAGAAAGUCCUUUCAGACUGUUCUUCAGUCAUUCAAUCAGCCUGUCAGUGUGUUGGUCAAUUAGGCAGAUAGGUGGCCCGUCAGUCAGGGAGUUCAGUCCGUCAGCUAGUCAGGGAGUUCAGUCAGUCAGUUAGUCAGGGAGUUCAGUCAAGCAUUCAGUUAGGCAGUCAGUCAGUUGAUGCAGUCAGUCAAUCAGUCAGUCAGGGGUUCAGGCAGUCAGUCAGUUACUCAGUUGGUCAAUCAGCUGGUCAGGGAGUCAGACAGCAGACCGGCAGAGAGACAUUUAGUCAGUUGGUCAGUUAGUUGGUCAGUCAGUCAGUCAGUCAGUCAGACAGCAUACAAGUAGACACACAGACAGAGUUUCAGUCAGUUAUUAAGUCAGCUAGAUAUUUAGUCAGGGACUGACUUAAUCAGUCAACCAGAAUAUUUAGCAUACAGUUGUUCACUUAAUCUUAUUGGUGGUAAGUCAGUUAGUUCGUUGGUCGAUCAAUGCAUUUCUUUAGUCAGGCAACCACGUAUGUGUUUGUCUCUGUGGUUGGUUUGUCAGUCAAUCAGUGAACCUUUCUGUUUGACUGUCUUUCAGUUAGGAAAUGUAGAUAAUGUUACGUUAGAUCUGCAUCCUCAGCAAGCUGGUUUUCCCCUUUAUUCUUUUUUUUUCUUCUAGAUGUACAAGCUCCUUUGUUUGAUAGCGAUGAUCUUUUAGCCCUUGCACUAUAUGACAAUACACAAUUUCCUAUGUAUGAGGUGAGAGAUUCCUCAGAGUAUCAAACGUUGCUUUUAACAUUUUAAUUGCAGCGAAAAACAAGGUAACGAACGCCUCUCUGAAAUUUUAUGGUUAGGUAUUAGCAAGACUUGUUGAUGGAAGCCAGUUCCAGGAGUUUAAAACCAGAUUUGGACCAGAACUAAUCACAGGAUUUGCUCGUGUUCAUGGGUGAGGUUUACAUUGUGACAUCCUUAUUAACCCUUAACACCCUAACAUCAGUAUGCAUAUUUUCCAUACCGUUCUCCAUACAUUUCCUAGGGUGCUGUUAAGGAGAAUUUGUUAAAAAAAUCAAGAGUUUCUGUAGUUGGUGAUCAUUUCGUUCAUUCUCUUGACCUUGAUGUAUGCUUCAGAGGUGAUAUUGUAAGGAGAAAUUAAAUGCUGGUCACUUUUAAGGGUUAAUGGGUUAGGAUAUGUCUUGGUGUAGUGGGCUCAAGUCAAACAAUUUAUCCUUACUUUUUUUAGGCCGAGUGUUACUCAUACCUUUUGAAAAGAUUGUAGUGAUGUUAUCUGUGAAUGAAUCAAGGGGUUAUCUUGAAAAUACCUUCAAAUCUGGUUUUCAUUCUCCUCUUUAGGUAUUUGGUCGGAAUUGUCGCAAAUAAUGGUGAAUUAACAUCUCAAGCGUCCUUGAAGGUAAAUUUAUAUGAUGUUAGUUCAGCUAAGACGAAAUACAACAUUGAAAACCGGUACAUCAAGUAAAACCCGUUAUCUAAAGUUACCUUAAUAAGCCAACAGUUUAGUCGUUGUUCCCUGCUCGGGUGGAGAUCGGCGAAACUUUUAUGUUGGUAAAUGCUAUCUUCAAAAAAAUUUGGAUCACAACUUAUCUUUGGCGAGAUAAAAUAACCAACAGAUUUCUCUUUGUUUGGGAGUUGAAAUCAAAGCGAUAAACGCCCGUGGAAAGAUCUGAGAUUAGUCGGAGAGAGGUUUGCCGGGGGUCUGGCACCAAUGAAUUACCAGUGCUAGACCCGUUGCAGACUUCACAGCAUUGUUCAAGGCCUCCUACUUUCCCGCAUGUAAAGAAACACUCGUCCUAAAUCAUUUAUAAGGAGGACGCACUCACAGGCUAAAUCAAUCGCGACUUGUUCACUCGCGUGUUAUCGCGCAGAAUAUUUAUUCUGACUUCUCAUUGGCUGUUGGAAGUACUUUUCUUUUUUCUGAUUCCUUGGGUUUUGAUGUAGUGUCAAUCAAAUGAAAAGUGUUCUCUGAUCAGUGAUCUCUUAGAGACUUAUAUUUGUGAGUUUUCUUUUUAGGGCACGCAUUUUGUGGAGUUGUGUUGUCAGCGGAACAUCCCUCUCUUGUUCCUUCAAAACACUUUGCCCCAGACUCACGCCGGUUUACCCGUAGAAAACAGCGCCUGUUUGAUCAAAGAUCAAGCAAAACUGAUGUCAGUGGUAGCUUGUGCUCAGGUAUGAUGCGUGGUUUAAAAAAAUAACACAGUCUAAUGCGUGAUGGGAAUUUCACGGAAAGUGAUGGAUUGAGGUACUUUCACGCCGCCAAUGCUAGUCAGAAAAAUGUUUAUUUGAUGGUCAUUUUCCGAGUGAAAAGGCGUCAUAUGAAUGGACGCGAUCCCAAAAUCAUGAAUGGAUAUAAAAUCACUUCAUAAUCGAGUGGAAGGAAGUUUAUCUAAGCCCCUAAAUAGCUGAGCAUCGUUUCUCUGGUUUUCCUAAAAAUAGAUUUUUUAGCUAGGUAUCGUUUCUUCGGAGAAAAAGUAGCAAGGGUCAAAUGAUCUACACAGUCAUGCAAGCAGCUGUAACUUUUACACGCGAUACUUUCAACGACGAUGGCUUUAAUCUCUUACCGAUUCGUGCUUCGUGAUAGGAAGUCGCUUGGUUGUGGACAUGCCGUAUUGCUUCGGAGUGCCUCGAGAAAAUUGAAUUUGCUUCUGCGUUUAUUUAUUUUCUACCCUAUCGCAAGACGAGAUUCGUGUCACUCGAGGCAAGAUAUUCGUACCGGUAGGUUCGAAAAACGGGUUCCAGGCGUCGAGACUGUCGACUUUUUAUAUACGGAACUCCCGAUUUACGUUACGUUGAUAGCUUACUUUUGUGUGGUACUGUCAAAACAAUGUGAGACUCAAUUUUCUGGCAAGUUCAAAAAAGUUUUAUAUAAAGUUUUCAUUACUGGAUGCUUAUUUUAUAUCCUUUCUUACUCUUAGAAUAAUAAUUUUUCUCAUGAUGAGUUCCUCAUUUCAGUCGCUAUUUAUAAGAUACGUGUAGUAAAUCUUGGAAAGAAACAACGUCAGAUAUUUAUUACUCUUUGAACUUCUUUUUAAACAUUGACAAAUCUUGAAAUGGAUUAUUUAUUUUUUAAUCAGGUACCAAAGAUAACUGUCAUCAUGAAGGGCAGUUACGGACCGAGCAGUUACGCAAUGGUAUGCCUAUUGAUGGCCUCUGAAGUAAAACUCUUACCUCGUAACUGAUGUACACAUGGAACAUUUGACCGACGAGUUGAUUAAAAAUAAACAGAUAAACAAUAAUUGGCAGCUUUUUUGGAUUCUUCGAAUUGGCAACUGUAUGAAUUUUCAUUUUCUUUUUUGUUGUAUUUGGCUAAGUUCAGUGUAACUAGGUAAAAAGUUGGCUAAGUCUAGGAAUUUUAAAAUACGGAACAAAAUGUGCCAUGUAAUUAUCAAAGAUUUUCAAAUCACAUCUACGAUGUUGUUCAUUUUGUCCCUUUUCACAUAAUCUGGUCGUGUUCCCUUUAAUGUUUCUUUCUUUUUUUUUUUAUUUUCCUUUUUUUAGUGUGGUCGUUCUUUUGAUCCGCGUUUCUUAUUUACAUGGCCCACCGCUCAAGUUGCUAUGGAUACAGUGGAGGACAUGGUUUCCAUGUGUUGUGCAGAAGUAAGCUUGUUUUUGUUUUUUUUUUUCAGAUCAAUGAUUGGUUUCAAUGGUUAAGUUACAAAUCCAUACUCCUUGGUUUGUCUUUCCGCGGGAAUAAAACACGUAGGCUAAAAAGACCUUUAACUGGAAAAUUUUCGGAAAUUCAGGGACAAACCAUCGGACGAGUUAUCGAGGGAGGAGUGGGUCAAAUCCAACACCAUAAUUUUAGAGGAUGGAAAUAGAGAAUAACAGUUCAUGUUAAGUAAAUAUAAUUUAAAAAAUUUUCAUUUCUAGGCCCAGAGAUUUCCCUGAUUUCCCUGAAGGAGAGAGAUUUUGCCGGAAUAGUUUCCGCACGAGGAAAACCCUCUAGUGUAAUUUUACAAUUUCCUACCUCUUUCCCCGCCCCACCGCAUCAUCCCUCCCCCCUAAAAAUUUUUUUUUUCCUAUUUUUUUUUGUUAAACGACCACAUCCCCUCUGCGCUUUUCGCUCCAAAUUUGGAGACUAUGGAAGGAGGGGGGGAGGGUGGGGGGAUUGAGAGACGUAGAAACAAGGUUAAAUCAUUCACGGUAAAUGGCAAAGAUUACAUUCUAUCUCCAACACUUUUUGUAUCCUUAAAAUAACCAAGCAGUAAAAAUAAACUUCUAGAAAUAAUGUUUUGGAAGUAUUUCUCCAUUGUCUGCAGUGCGACGGGAAAAUUUUGUGUUGAUAACAAUAUCCUUAAUCUCUAGUUCAUAUAAUUUUAGUUGUUUUUCUCCACUCGCGUUACCUUUAAACCUAAUUUUUCCCUCAAUCUUCAUGUAGCACGAAGCAGAAGACGACAGUUUGGACGAAGAGAAACUCGUGGCAUUGAAGGGGAAGCUGAGAAACAAGUAAGGAAGUGUCGCAAUCUUACCGUAUUUUGGCAUUUCAGCCAUGAGACUUUUCAAAGACUGUUAACGAAAGUAAAUACAUGCACCUCCGAGGCACGGUAGUAUGUUAUGUACAAAAUGUGAAGGUAGCGUAAAUUCCAUAGCCUUGAUAUCGCUGGACCUUAGAGACUGGCUAUUAAGCGGCGACGAGUCACAGCAAUCAAUCUUAUCGGUGCGAGAUGGCACAAAUUCAAACAAAUAUGAAUUUGAGUAACUUGAUGCAGAGAAAUUUGGCCCAAAAAAGGUCUUCACACGUAGUGAAGAGUCACUGACAGGACUUUAUUGAAACCAGUAACGGGAACGGAACUCUCGGACUUAAAGUACAACGGUAAUCCGUAAAACGAUUUAAGAUGGCGGUUGACAACAUGGUCUGAGCACCAGUUUCGCCGCAACCAGUUUUUGGCAAGCGCUCUUCUAACUCAAUUGUUUGAGCAAUCAGCAAGAAAGAGAAGUGAAGAGCCGGUUUUUGACUUGAACUUUAAAUCUUGCGCAUUUUUCACACUUUGUCUAUUGGUUCUGUAACAUUUUGGACGGAGGACAUUCGUCUCAUCCAAAGUCUCAUAAUAAUGAGACUUCGCCGCACGCUAUGAAGCAACGCAAACUAGGCAUGCACAAAGCAAUCUUGCGGAAAGACCUCAUUAAGUGCAACUCCCACAUUCCUUUCUUUUGUGAAUUAGGUUUGAAAAAGAAUCACAUGGUUACUACGGAAGUGCUCGUCUAUGGGAUGAUGGUGUUAUUCUACCUCAAGACACAAGGAAGGUAGGUAACACUUUCAGAAUCCCGUUGUGCCCAGUCUCUUAGCAACCCCCUCCACUCACGUUUGGUCAUUUUUCCGUAGGUUCUGGGUCAAAGUUUACGCGCAGCGCUCUCCUCAUUCCCUCGCGGACAAGGCAGCAAUUUUGGCGUCUUUAGAAUGUGACACUAAAUUCGACUCUUACUAUUUAAGGUCAUAGGUUAGUCAAGUAGUUAUCACAUUUAGCUGUCUUUGAUCAUUCGCAAUCUCACCCCCUGACGUACACAUCAUACUUUGUAGAUUUGUUUGUGUAGUAUUUUAUUUGAGUAAACUUUUCACAAAUAUGGACAUAACACUUUGCUUCACCAUAUAGGAUGCAAAUAACAACUUGAACAAGAGCAUUUUACUUAAUUGACUAUUUCGUCGUAUGUACUGAAAAAUAGUGCACAAAAUAUGACGCUUUUCAUAAUUUCUUUGAGGAGCCACGCCACAGUACGUUGAAAUUUUUGUUUUGGCAACCGAGAAAACUUCUCUAGGAAAGAAAAACAAGAUAUCUUGGAAUAAUAGUGAGUAAGAAGGGCCAACUACUCAAGUGGUAAACGUAAACAAAAAGGCAAGGAGGUUGCUGGAGGAUGGAAAAGACUGACGUGGAUUUUAAACGAUUACAGCACCUUAGUUCGGUAAUAUAGAAAAACACCAAAGAGAAACUGAGAAACCAUUAAACUCGUUCCCAGGUUCUCCUUUUUUCCCUGCCUUGUCUCUCUUCUCAACGACAAGGAAGGUAAAGUAGAGAGCCUGGGAACAAAGCAGACUUGGGAUGUAGUUGGCAUUCCCAUCUCACGAAGGAAACCUAAUAUAUACACUACACAGAGGCCUAAACAGUAAGACACACUGAUGACGGACCUUUCUCCAGCACCUGGGUGAGACACCCGUUGGCAAAUGAUCUUUUAGCUGAGUUAAGAUUUGAGAUAAUCACAAGUAUUUGUUAUGUUUGGAGGAUUUACGCAACACCCUUACUCGUUAAAAGAUUGUGAAUGUAUACGUAAAAGUCUUUUGACCAUCUCUUUCCCGAUAGUUUGAGUUGCAUCGACUUCUAAUAUUCAGUAAUGUUUUAAUCGUGUGCUUCCUCGCUAUGGCUGCCGGUUUGGAGAAAGGUUCAUUUGCCAGCUGCAAGCCCAAGUUUUUUCUAAGAUCUGAUCCUAAACUAUGUUAAGUGUUAACGCUAAGUCUAAAAGUGCUAAAGUAUUAUUUACUCUAAUGCAGUCAUAUUAAAAGUAACUCAAUUCUACAAGGGAAACUUCGGCAAAGACAAUUAUGAGAUGCGUAAGGCAACCAGAGGUAGAAUAUAAGUGCAUUUAGCGCGUUCUGACAUAAAGAAAUUUACGAACUAGGAUUGCUUUGUUAUCUAAGACAAAAACACUGCAGACUUGAGAUCUUAACA